AUGGAUGCUGAUCUCCAGCUCCCUCAUUCUCCACUCAAGGCCUUUGUAGAGCACGUCCGCAACCUCCCCUCGGACGAGUGGACCGAGGGCAUCCCCCAAGUUCUGCGUACCUUCCUCCCACCCUUCACCACUCCAGUGGUGGAAGACAAGCACUGGACUCCCAGCAUGCGCCGCGCCGUUCGCGACCUCGACAAGGGGCGCGUGAAAACACACUGCGGUAAGGCGGAACAUGCCACCGAACGGUCGUCUGCAAAGGCUGAACAUGCCACCGAACUGUCGUCUGCGUCUCUCCCAGUGCGACCCCAGGCCGUUCCUCAAGCACAGACGAAUGGGUCGUCUCGCGACACACCCCCUCACCUCCUCCCCAACGGCGUGCCUAGAGCGAACGGUCAAGCGCCUCGAUGGGGCCACACUUAUCUGCAGCACGAGUCCGAGACCAUACGUGCUCGUCAGCUGGCACCACCCCUUCGUGCUGGUCUCCAUGGCCUUGCACCAGGUAUUCGAGGUCCACCAGACCUGUCCAACAUCACGUACCACUCCCUGCUUUCCUUCCUUACAGGCCCACCUGGCCCCGUGGUCCGAGUGCACCACUACAAGAGCAACGCGGGCCUCGUCUGGGAUGGCACGCCGGCCUCGGGGUUCUCGGCGCCCAUGUUCCGUGCCCUCAGUCCAAACGCCUACGUUGAGGCGAUGGACGCUGCGCAGCUCGGUAGACGCUGGAACCUCGGCCUUGGGGUGCGCGAGCUGGCUGCGAAGCACAUCCUCGGCCAAACCGAGGAGCCCAGUCCGUGGAUCUCUGCGACGACUCACCUGGACGCUGCAAUCGCAUUCAUCGCACGCGAGCUCGCUCUCGGGAUGAAUGAGGUCCGACUCGCUGUUAUCAUCCCGACUAACGAAGUUCGCAUCCCCGCCGCUGACGUACUCAAGCCCAUUCCCGGGCAGGUGGAUCGGAGCGCAGAGUGGCUCUUCUACGGGCGCAUCUUUGCAGACUCUGUAAUUGCUGACAUCCGCUGGACACGCACCCGCCUCCCGUUCGACCUCCCGCCCAAGUUCUGGAAGUCGCGCGGAGAGGGGUCAUGGACCAGGCAUCUCCGCUGGGACGCGCGGGUUGCCUUGUGGCCGAACAUCCGGCUCAUCCUCCAGCGCCCGCCUCAGGUGUCCCCGCGAUCCACACUGGGCCAAUCUAUUCUUGGCGUUGGCCAGCGCCCGCUCCGGUUCCCCCUAAGGCGAAUGGGUCCUUGGUACAAGCGCCACACGCGCGGCCAGCUCGUCCCAAGCAUCAAAACGGUCGAUACCGCCGAGGAAAAGAUUGACCUUCUCCAGCUGGAUACAGUCUAG